UUUUCAGAAUUAUGUAAUGGAACACCGCGUGAGUAGUCAGUCGACAUUAACCCGGCAACAGCCACAACACCCCAUGGCUCCCCACAGUUCACUGCCCCCGCACAUGCAGACAGAGCAACAGAUGAUAAAUCACAUGAAAAUGAUGAAUGGUGGCGGCAGUCCCAGAGGCUACAACUCAAUGGAACGCAGCUACUCAAACCAGCCUACUAUCCCCCAAGGCCAAGGACCCCCUCCUAGUUAUGCCCCUUCCCCAUUCCAAUACAACUCUCUUCAGAGAAACAACCCCAUGCAAAUGCCACCAGGCCACCCCCAAAUGAUGCAACAGAUGUCCAUGCCUGCACCCACCCCUCCACCACCUUACGGAGGUACUCUCACCCACCCUCAGAUGGUGAAUGGGAAUUCAAAUAACAAUAUGAUGAUUCCCCAACUUACUCCCCAACAAAGUUCUGCCUCUCUGCAAUUCGGACCCCAGGCCACGGCAAAUAUGGGAUAUCCUGUAGAAAUGCAAUUCAACCCUGCGCAAGGUAUGCCCCACGGAUCUCAGAUGCCAGGUAUGAUUCCUGGCCAGUUUGGUAUGUCGUCUGCGUACCCACCCCUGCCCCAGCCACAACAAGUGCACAUCUCCCAAAGCUCCACUCUCCCGUUGAACACCGGCUCCAUGCAAAGUGUUAACUCCAGUAUGAGGUCUCGGUCAAAGUCAAGAAGCAGCAAGACGAUGGUGCUCAGAGUACUAUUGCUUGAUGGAACAACGCCGAAGUUUGACCUCUCAAUAAAAUCGACCGGUGGUGAAUUCUAUCAGAAAGUGGUUGACCAUCUGAAUCUCCUGGAAACAGAUUACUUCGGCCUGCAAUACGCUGCUGAUCAUGCUGGAAGUGUAUACUGGCUUGAGAUGCAGAAACCCAUUUGCAAGCAAGUCAAAGCCCCCGCUGGAAUCCUAUUCCGAUUUGCGGUCAAGUUCUACACAUCAGAACCGGGACAGUUACAGGAUGAAUACACAAAGGUUCUAUUCGCCUUGCAAAUUAAACGAGACAUGGCCUGUGGCAUGCUUCCUUGUGCGGAAAACACAGCUGCUCUCAUGGCGUCUUACAUCGUGCAAGCAGAGUUGGGGGACUUUGAUGUGGAAAAGAACAGUGGCAUUGGAGGACCCGAUGCCUCCUCCCCUAGAUACCUGUCCAUGUUUAAGUUCAUACCUCCCCAGACUGACGAGUUCCUUGUCAAGGUCAUGGAGUAUCAUAAAAACCACAUAGGCCAGUCGGCUGCCGAAGCAGAUUUCAGUCUUCUGGAUAUUGCAAGGCGUCUGGAGAUGUACGGCAUCCGAUUACACCCCGCAAGAAACUCAGAUGAUGUUCUGGUCCAUAUAGCAGUGAGCCAGCACGGCAUCAGCGUGUUCCAGCACUUUCAGAAGUCCAACUCGUUCGCGUUCUCCAAGAUCCGAAAGUUGAGUUUCAAGAAGAAAGCUUUCGUCAUCAAACUUCUCACAGACGCAGUGUCCUCCUUCAACCAGUCAACAGUUGAAUACCUGAUGACCAGCAGGAAUGCGUGCAAGAGGUUCUGGAAGGACUGCAUUGAGCACCACGCCUUUUUCAGACUCCCCCAUAAUGAACAUGCUAUCAAACCACAGAACUCAGUCAAGAUCCUACAGUCAGGGUCCUCAUUUAGAUACGCAGGAAGAACACAGCGAGAAAUGGCUGAACAAGUGCGAAGUACAAACCAAGCUAGGCUACAAGUGAGAAGGCCUGGAAGCAGUAUAGGAGCACCAAUCAGCAAAACCCUGCCGGCGAAAUCGUUCGAGGCCUCGCCCGCAACGGUAUCUCAGAUGACUCCGGGAACCCCUGGAAGCAUGUCUGGGAUGCAGAUGGUGCCUGGAAUGGGCAUGCAGAUGGUCCCUUCUACCAUGCCUCCAAAAAGACAGGAGAUGGACCCUAACAUGAUUCUGAUGCAACAGCAACAACAGAUGAUUCAGGGCUCAAUGCAUGGAUCCAUGCAACAGUUGCAGCAACCUGCAGUUGCCAUUGCUCCCUUCAAUCGGAUGUCAGCGACAUCUCCACUUCCCCAGCAGCUGAUGUCUGGGACCCCUUUGUUGAACAGGAGUGGUACUCCUUUAAAUGACGGAUCCCAGCCAAUGCGACCUCAAAUGAUCCCCUUGGCAAUGUCCAACCAAGGCAUUAACCAAAUGGGUAUGCAGCUGAUGUCUCCAGGGGAGCAGCAACAACAUCAGCAGAUGAUGCAGCAGCAGCAAAAUUUGCCCCAUCUCCCCCCAAACAAUUAUCACCCUCAAUUGCCUCCCCAUCUAACGAAGCAGUACCACCCAGAAAGUGGAAUCUCAGGGGAGGUGAUUCAAGAGAAUGACUCAGAUCACGAUUAUGAGAAUUACCCAGUUAACGGCGAAGGUCAGCAGCAAAAUCACAACCAGACACAAAACGCUAUGAUUGAGCAUUCAAGCGUUCAGAUGAUGGGCGGGAACGCACAGAUGAUGCGGCCUCCCAGUCGUCAGCGUGACUCAAUCGACUCAGAAGAUGGGAGUAAAAGGCGAAGUUUACUAGGACAACGUCUGAACAAUAUCUCCAACGAAAGCCAGCUGCAAUCUCGGUUCUCGCCCACGCACGACUUACAUUCUGCAGGGGACAGUGACCGUACUCGAGAUUCGGGACAGCUAAACAACCAGACACACAACAACAAUGAGCUACCCCCUCAUUUGCAACAAAGGAACUCUGCCCUCUCCUCGCCCCGUGUUAGAACGGUGGCAUCGCCACGCCCAAUGCAAAAUGGGGACGCUCCAUCGGCGUUGUCUCCGAUGUCACCACUGUCACCUCUCGCACGGGAUCCCAGCAUACCUCGUGACAACACGUCGUCUUCAAACGACUUCGCCGCCUUUGCACAGAACCAACAGAGUGACGUAAUGAAUCAGCAGCAGUUAAGAACUAGCCGACAGUCGCCGAUUGUGACGUCAUCGAACAAUAGUCUGCAGAGACAGCAAUUGACCCAGGAGGCUUUGAGGUCAAGUCUGGGUGGUGGAGGUCAAGGUCAGAUGGGAGGUGGCAGACCGAGGAGAGAUAGUGACAAUAGUUCUUCACUGGCCAUUGCGCCGACUACGCUUUCACAGACGGCUGCCGAUGAUGAUGCAAAGAGAAGGAAGAUCAUCGCGGGCAAGUCCUACUACCUGGCCAAAGAGAUAGUGUCGACUGAGAGGACGUACCUGAAGGACCUCGAGGUCAUCACUGUGGGGUUCCGUAAGGCUGUGCAGAGCAGUGGCAGUAUGGCUGGUAUAAGUGAGCUCAACUUCUUCAACUGCUUCUCGGACAUCGCCGACUGCCACUCCUUCUUCCUCAAAGAGAUCGAGAACAGAAUCAACAUUUGGGACGGUGGUUCUAAGAGCACCAAUGCGCCUCUGAAGGGGGAUUACCAGAGAGUGGGAGACAUCCUCAUGCGACAUGUCAAAAAUAUAUCCGCUCCCUAUGAGUUGUUCUUGUCUCGCCAAGUGGAAAUAAUGGCCGAACUGGAAUCGAAUGUAGAGAGAUCAGCCAAGUUUGAGGAGUGCUUCAAGGAGUUCGAACAGCAGAAGAUUUGCUACCUGCCCUUCACCGCUUUUCUACUCAAGCCAUCGCAGAGACUACUCCAUUAUGAGUUCAUGAUGAAGAAACUGCUGCAGUUUUACCCCCCUGAGCACAGGGAUUAUGCCGAGUGCAAAAUGGCAAUGGAAUAUUUGACUCCGUUGAUUCAACUGACCAAUUCGUCUCUCGUGCAAAUGGAGCACAAUCAGAAACUAGCAGAACUGCAACGAGACCUGUUAGGAGUGAAGAACCUGCAGAGCGAGGACAGGAGACUGGUGCGGGAGGGGUCUCUGUACAAGCAGAGCAAGAGCAGGAACAGAUACCAGCAGAGGAUGUUCUUCCUCUUCUCCGACACUCUCCUCUACAGCAGUCUGGGAGUCACUUCCACCAACCAGUUCAGAGUGCAUGGCAGGAUAGACCUCAUCAAUUGCAGUGUCUCUGAAGAAGGUGACGCAGACAAUGCUUUCACAUUCACUCUGUACUUCAAAGCGGACUCGAGUGUAGUCCUCGCCGCCAGUUCAGAGAAAGAAAGAGACCUCUGGAUCAACGAUCUCAGAGACUCCAUCCAGCACUGCAGCGAAAACAACAUAAUGCCUCAAUCACUAGUCAUAGACUCAUCAGUGACUGGCGAUGGGGCUAAAAUGGGUGGGGGUAUCCACUCGCCACGUGAGGGGGGACAAGGAAUUGAGGGGGGUAUGGCCAGUGAGACUCAGGAGUCGGAGGAGGAGGGUCCGAGUAGCAGUGGACCUGACAAGGUGUCCUAUCAUCGUUCUAAUACGACGAUGCAUGUGUGCUGGCACCGACAGACUAGUGUGUCGAUGAAUGAUCACAUCAAGAGUGUCCAUAACCAGUUGAGUGGCUAUCUGUUGAGGAAGUUCAAGAACAGCAACGGGUGGCAGAAACUGUGGGUCGUAUUCACCAACUUCUGCCUCUUCUUCUAUAAAACAUACCAUGAUGAUUUCCCCCUGGCCAGUCUGCCCCUGUUGGGAUAUUCUAUCACGAUGCCAGAGGCAGCAGACAACAUCCAGAAGGACUACGUGUUCAAACUCCAGUUCAAAACACACGUCUACUUCUUCCGAGCCGAGAGCCAGUACACAUUCAACAGAUGGCUAGAAGUCAUCGGCUGCGCCACCAACUCAUAAACAAACUAUCAAACCAAUGAAAAGCAACUAAAACAGAAAUUGAGAAAAUAAAUUCUCCUCAAAGUGAGUCUUUCGAAAAAAAGCAAAUACGAACCUCUUAACUCCUAAUUUUGUAUUGUGUUGUAGAUAAAAUUAAGUUUGUAUUGCAUUGGAUGAAUUAUGUUGAAGCCAUCGUCUAAAUUAUUUCCUUUUUUUAAACAAGUUAUAUCGUAUUUUUUGAUGUUUUGUUUGUCCUCCGAUAUCUGCUGCGCUGCUUACUUAUUUGUCAGUAAUUUGUUGUUUUUCGUAAGGGUAUUGUUUUUAAUUGACACGACUGUUUCUUUGGUAGACAGACAAUAAGUCGUAUAUAAGACGUAGUCUAUGUCCAUCCAACCCAUUGUCAGUGUUUUCGUACAUUAUUUUCUAGAAACAAAUCUGAAUUAUCGCCAAUUCGUGUGUUGUUGAAGAACCCAAUAAAACAAUUAAUAUUUAAUUUUGUUGAUACAUCAUACCUUCAAGAUUAUUAAGAUGAUUUUGGUGCUAAAACUUGUCUGAUGAUAAGAAAAUCUGAAAGUUGCGAGUUUUAAUCAAUGUAAAUGUUAACUCAAGAAAAGCGUCCAAACGAAACCCGAGUUUUUUCUUUUCUGAUAAUGUUUUAGAUGUUUUUUUUUAAUUGAGAGCAGUAAUUAACGUUUAGAUUAGUUUCAUUUUUAUAGAUUUGCAUAACUUCAAGUUACUGUUUUGUCUCAUGGGUUUGUCAGUUUAAGUUUUGUAAUGAAAUUUCAAUUUGUAUUCAAAUAAAUGAUUUAAAAAUUCCCUUGCCAAAGACUGAAUAUUUUAUUAUAACGUUGAUGCACAAAUUUUCAAAGUAAAAGUCAUAAAGGGGCUAUUGUAUGUUUUAAAGCUCUGGUUUCAUGCGAGAUCUUUGUCCAGAUUUUGAAUUAAAGUUUUAUUAACAACUUUCAUCCAAUAACUUAGUUACGCUUGCGAGCGUUAGUGUAUUAGUACAAACCUUUUUUCUAACCUAACUCGCAAAUAAAACUGUUCAUUAUUUGGUGGCAAAGUGGUCAUUAUUUUGUGGCCUUUUUGCUAUAAUCACGAUUUGUAGCAUUGGAAAUUUCAUAGCAUCAGCUCGCUGCUUUAUUUGAGGCUAGUGUUUGUGCUUAAUUCUCUAGGUCGUCGAAUCCGAGACCUAGCCGAAUGUUUAGAAAUCGCGGCUUAUUCUUAUUUUUAGUGCACUUUUUAGAGCUGAUUUUUGUCGUGUUCUUGCUAUUGUUUGCGAAGCGUAAUUUCGCCUUCGUGUUAUAAGAUAGAGCUUUGAAGUGUUCGUGAAUUAAGUUAAUUUCGACAUUUAUUUGUAUAGGUAGUUGGUA